UCGAAAAUUAAAUAAUACGGACGGGAUGCCUUUGUGUUGGUCAUGUUUUGUUUCCUUUUCAGUUUUGCGCCCAGUUUUGCAUGCUUCUUUCUUUUGCAGUUUACCCGCCCCGUUUCCUGCUGCCGCUAGAGUAAACCCACCACAGAACACACACGACCGACAAUUGUUGACAACACACCAACCCCAUUGACGGACGGACAGUCGUAUCAUUUCGGCGCCGAAUUUACCAGAAAGAGACCACAAAGAUUGGAGUCGCAAUUCUCCGUCGCAUUGCCCCUCACCACCCUCAGCUCGCUCUGGUUCCCCAGGCGCAUACAAGCUCACCUGCAGCAAGAGAGGCUCCCCACAUUGACAGGACCUGCCUGAUUUCGACCAUUUUGUGCCUCGCCAUUUAUUUCUCCUAUCGCUCAUAACUUUAUCGGCACGUUGCCCCCCUUGGCUGUGCGUUCGGUUUGUGGGUUCGCUUGGCGGUUUGGAUUCGCGUUACAUUCGCCGCGGUGCUAGCAGCUAGUGCCACACAUCUUUCAGCGUUCCUGGCACAGAUCCAGUUCCAGACCCUUUUUUUAUCAUACGGGUAGAUAGGUUCCCAGUCGCGCUGCAAGUAACUCGCGGGGACCCCUGAAAUUUACCAGACAAGCCAACAUUUGCCCCCCGGCCCAGAAUAACCUUGAUCCCGACAAGCGAGGUGGAGUUGGCGAGACGAGCGCAAACACAGACAAGAGAGGAUUAAGGUAUAUAGGAAGAGGAACCCAAAACGUCCUGCAACGUGCAAAAGGGUCGGUCGGGCCAGCCUUUGCAAGUCUGAAAAAGAAAAAGUCAGUUUUUGUCACUGCAGAGGCCAGACACGGGAAGAAAGUAAGAAGAAAUUGGGUCAUCGACUUCCUUGGCACCAUCCCAACUUUCCUGAGCAAAAAUUGACAGGGACAUCCCAUAAUCGCCCUUGAUCCGAAAUAACAACAACCACUCACUCGCUAUCUUUUACUUUAUUGCACUUCGCCACUUCCCGCUGUGCGGUUGACGGCAUUGAACCGACCACCCCAUCCCUGCCGCCUUUUGCAGACUUGUUCGGUGCAAAAAGACCGGUCCCGGCCACUCACUUCUAGUCAACCCCAACCUCCACCAACCUCUUGGCCGAUUGCUUUGUUCGACGGAACCACCAACAACGCCCGUCUUAAAAAGCGUCCCAAGCGAUCGUUACCCCUCUUUCUUGUUGCAUUCGCUAAUGAGCUGCUAUCGAUUAUUGAAUUGAUUGACUUGCUCUUGUCUUGGCAACACCAUUCUUUACUGCACAUACAGCACAUACAAAGUACCGCCUCUGGCCGACGAACCUACGACCUUUCCUCACGGUCAACGAUAGCGUUGUCCAUUAUUCCAGAUUAUGAAGAUUUCCACUCCAGGCAAGAUGAACUUGACAAAAAAGUUUGACCGUGCCUUUCAAUGGGCUGGCGAGAAGAUGGGCGGCGAGGCCAAGACCAACUUGGGGGACGACUUUAAGAUGUUGGAGAUGGAGAUGGCCCUGAGAUUUGAUGGCAUGGAGCGUCUGCAAAGGUCAAUGAAUGCCUACGUCAAGUGGCUUGGCCGCCGCGACACGUUUGAGGACAAGGAAAAGGGCCUUGCGGGUGGAUAUCUAGGUCGAACGAUGGUGAGCCACGGAGAAGACUUUGAGAGCGACUCGGAUUUUGGAAACUGCUUGAUAGCCCUGGGACGCGCCAAUGAAAACUGUGCCGCAUAUCAGGAGCAGCUCGUCGCCGAUGCCACUACUGUAUGGCUCGAGUCUCUAGAGCGAAGCUUGGCUACAAUGAAGGACUACCAGGCCGCCCGCAAGAAGCUCGAGAACCGUCGACUGGCGUACGAUGCGAGCAUGACCAAGCUGUCAAAGGCGAGGCGCGAUGAUUACCGUAUCGAGGAGGAAGUCCGCUCGGCCAAGGCCAAGUACGAAGAGACAACCGAGGACGUAUGCAGGCGCAUGCAGGACAUCAAGGAUGCCGAGGCGGACUCGACGCGCGACCUGACGGGGUUCCUCGACGCGGAGCUCGAAUACCACGAGCGCUGUGCCGAGGAGCUCCGCCGCACACGAGAGAACUGGGCUGGCGCAAAUGUGCAAGGUUCCCCGUCGCGAAGCAUGCAUGGUGGCUUUGGAAGGCCCGGUGCGGCUGCCCUUUCGGUCAGGAGCCGUUCGAGCACGAACCAGUCGCUUGGCGAGAGGCUGUCGCGCACAAACACUAGCGGCAGCACGGGCAACUCUAGCGUCCAGAACUACACGUACGAGGAGCACGAGCCCGCGCCACCGGUUCGCAUGCCCACAAUCCGCUCGGCGUCGCGCAUAUCGGCCAACGGUGCCGCCCCUGACAUCCCAGCCCGGCCUGGCGUGGCGCGUAGCAACACGUUCCAGGGCGGCGCCACGAUUGAGCGCAACACGCAGUCGCUGUCGGGGUCCAGCACCCCGAGCGGCUACCAGCCGAGCUUCCAGCAGCAGCAAAACGCGGCGGCCACCAUGUCGGCCAACAUCGGCUCGCUGCGUGGUCAACUUCGUCCCGUCAGCCGCAUAGUGACGCAGCCGCGGGAGGACAAUGUGUUUGCCGACGGGUACGACGACGACACGACCAGCAGCGGCGACAGCCCAAAGUGGAGCGGAGACAGGAGUUCGUCGCCCGCAACAAGCUACGGCAGCGGUGCUUCGCAGACCACGAGUACGCUGGGCAGCCGCAAGGCACCGCCACCUCCACCCAGCCGAUCCAAGAAGCCGCCGCCACCUGUGCCGGCAAAGCGAGAGGUGCUCUACUAGACGCUCGAGCUUUGAGGUUUUUCUAGUAUGUUGUUUGAUUGAGGCAUCGAUGAGGACGUUCGCGGGGCCUCGUUUUUUUGUAUCACGGCGGGAUUUCUUAGGGUUUUGGGAGACUAUUAAGGACGGACAAAUUGAUAAAAUGGGUAUCUGAGUCUGCUAAUGGCUUCAAGGACUGGGUCCAUGGCGUUGGUGGAAAAGAGCGUUUCGUUGCAUCUGCCUGGAUGGCAGGUAGCUAGCUUGAGUGUAGAAUGCAUUACGUUUCACUAUA